AUGAAACUAGAGAAAACAAAGCAAUCGGAUGACUAUUAUAAAAAAUGGACCCGAGAGCAAUUGUGUGAACAUGCCGAGCCACUGCGUAAUCUAAAAAAUCCAUUCGCAGACAUGGGAACUUUCCUAUUCAGUACUUCUAACUUUGAUGCUAUUGCACGACUGAUCCAUCACAACAAUGUUUAUCACAAUUGUACUACGGCCGAACAAAAAGGAAAUCUUUUUUCGUAUCUUCACAUGCGUUGAUUUCUUGAGUUUCCGCACAGUGUGUCAAUGUUCUUGACCAAAGUUUUCAGACGCGUUGCCGCAAUCGAGAGCAAAAAAUGCAUCGUUGGUGAACCAUCAUCCAAGUGUUUUUUCAAAUCAACUGAUGAGCAUGCAUUCACGGGUAAUCGUUUUACAAGGAACAGAACCCCAUAUUUCGGAAUAUUAGAGCCAUAG